AUGCCUCGUGAUGUACUGGCACUGUCUUUUGUUUGGGCUGAGCACUUCUCGGCUGUUGGGGCUGGAAGGGCACAUUAAAAUGUGGCGAAUUUGGCUGUUGAGGUGCAGGGGAUAAUGAAAGUUGUAUUUGUGCCGCUACCGGGUCGUGUACCUGUGUUAAAUUUCCCCGAACUCAUCUUUAGUGGACUGCACGCGGCUUCACCAUGAAUAUGCACUUUGAAGGAUCCAGCAACGUCACGCUGUUGUUUAAUUUCUGGGAUGUGCGUGGGCCUGCAGGAAUGGUGCUGUCGGUCUUUGUAGUUCUACUGCUCACCGUGAUCUACGAGCUUCUGAAAGUUUGGAAGAUCACUAUUGGAAAAAAGAAGCAAUCCUUCAUUACACAUCCGUCUGCUCCGGUGUCAUUCUCACCUGAACCUUCCUGUUUCGCCCCUGACAUGACGUGUCAAGAGGGGAACUCUUCUCUGACCAGCAGCCCCUCUGAGAUCUCUUUAGCUGCCAUCGAGAAUACGGCCGCUGCUGCAGAC